AUGAGUGCAGAGAGCCAAGUCCUAGACAUUGAGCCUCCCUCAUCCGAAAGAGCAAACAAAAGGGCCAGAUACACCCAAAUUGCUUGCAACGAAUGUAAACGACGCAAGCUAAAAUGCAGCGGUGGUACGACUUGUACACGUUGUAUACGGGACAAGGUAACCUGUGUUUAUGCAACGAAUCGCGUAUUGUCUCAGCCGGGGGAAUUCAAGGAUGCACGAGUUGGCCCACGAUUUCGUGCUAUGGAUGAGCAGCUCCAGGCUCUACAGUGGCAAAUACAGAAUUUGUCGAGCCGUUUGAUUAAACUCGAAUCUGCAAGUCCUCAGUCAGCAGCUACACCAAAGAGCUCAGAUGCAAGUGGAAUGCAUCGGAUUCUAAACGCACCAAAAUCGCCAUCCUACAUUGGACCAACGAGCGCAGAAUUCGGUCUGAGGCGACCACUAAACUCUACCCGGAUUGACAAUGAAGAACACCUGGCCGAUGACACGGAAAUGUCAGCUACCGCGAGCCCUGUCGUUUCAGGGCGAGAAGAUGCCUCUUUCCCUGGUAAUGCAAUGACCCUGGGCCUUGCAGACGCCUUGCGUCUAGUGCAGGUGUAUGAAGAUAGCGUCGGGAUUAUGUACCCUUGUGUCGACCUGGAUAGUGUUCGCGUAUAUUUACGUGAAUAUUAUCGCUCAAACGGCAUAGAUGUCAUCAGCAGCACAUCGGAGUCGCUGGCUCAAGACUCGCCUGACCAAGUCUGGUUUACAGCUCGAGACAUCCAAGUUCUGAAAAUAAUUCUGGCUACUGCUCUUCUUGCGGAGUCACAUGGAAGAAGUGAAUUCGCAGCUCAGCUUGCAGAUAGCGUUGAAGAUCGAUUUGCGCCUCGAUUCAAGGUGGCCGAGGUGGAUAUGAAAGAAAUUUUGAUCAUGACAUUACUGUCGGUCUUUCAUUCAUACCGCGACGACGAAGUCAUUUCCUGGCGAUUGAUCCGUUGUGCAUCUAGCGCCGCCAUGGAACUCGGCUUGCACCGCCAAGAAACAUGGCAGAGAACAGGAGGUGUCUUCCCAGGCGAGCUUGCAUGGACCUGGGCCAAACGGCUCUUCUGGUGCAUUUACGUGCUUGAUCGGAAAUGGUCUUUCGGUACCGGACUUCCAUUUGGCAUUCAGGAUGUCGACAUUGAUACGAAUCUCCCAGAGCCGGGCGAUUCGACCCCAUAUCUAACCUGCAUGAUCUCUCACGCGCGUUUAAGUACAAAGAUCUGGGGGCUCAUCAUGAACUGGCCGAAUCGUUCCCGGGUAGCGACCUCAGACCAAUGUGCCUAUUUAGACACACAAGUGCAACAAUGGAUAUGGUCCAUCCCACACGAAUUGCGCUUUGAUCUGAGCCAACAGCAAGAAAGCAUUGUUAGAACAGAAGACUCGCCACAAAAGGACCGCCUAAUGAUACUCCAGGUGCUUCUUGCUCUACAGGGUAAUCAGCUACGAAUCCUCGUGUAUCGACAAAAUCUUCUCAGCAGCGAAAACAUUGUCGAGGAUCCCCAAAGCGCGUCUACGGCAGUUGAAACAGCCAAACGAACGAUUCACAUUCUCCAACAUUUCAGUGGAGUCUCACAAACUUAUUUCAAAAGACCAGAGCCUUUCAAUUAUUUCUUGAUUUCUGCCCUGGCGGCUCUCUUCUUGGCCGUUCUACACGCACCAAAUACCUUCCGUCGAGUUUGUCGACCAGAAUUCUAUACAGCUGUAGAGCUUGUCCGCCGAUCAGCGACACAGGCUCGGACGUCAAGACGCUUGCAAAAGAUCAUUCGCAGUCUGAAACAAAUUCAGCUACAUAAAAACGGCAAUAGGCGACAAUCGUUUGGGAGUCAUCAGCCUUCGCCAGUGCCCGGAAAUGCUGAGAGAGACCCGGAACCAAGCCAACUCUCAGCAGUACAACCUCAUCCGGUUGGGAAUCGAGAUCUAUGGGACCUAACCUCAGCAUCUCCAGGUGCAACAUCACAGAAUGUUCAUAGUUCAAACAAUGCCUAUGACAUGUCCGGCACUUUUUGGUCGACGUCGCCUAAGGUCAUAGCUGAGACGGAACCCAAUAUGUGUGAGGACUUGAGCAGCUUCUUUGAAACUGCCGGAGAUCUCUAUUUCGAUCAUCAGACCGCAGAUCUUCCAAGGGAUGUGGAUAUGGGAUUCUUUGCUCCGACCGGUUUACAGUCGUCCGUUGGCGUCGAUCCAUUUGAAGCCGACAAUGAGGCUUUGACAAAGGUUAUGGCUGACUUACUCUAA